AUGAACCGAAUCCGGAUCCACGUUUUGCCCUCCAGCCGGGGCCGCCUCACGCCCGUCCCGCGGCCGCAGGAGCUUCUCUCCUGUGCCUUCACCCAGCGGCAGUGCUCCCAGCCCCGCCUGGAGGGGCAGGAAUUCUGCAUCAAGCACAUCCUGGAGGACAGGAGUGCCCCUUUCAAGCAGUGCAGUUAUGUCUCCACCAAGAAUGGGAGGAGAUGUCCCAGUGCUGCACCCAAACCGGAGAGGAAGGAUGGCACCUCGUUCUGUGCAGAGCAUGCCUGGAGGAACACCCUGGCACUCCAGGCCCAGAUGAAGAAGUCUCAUCCUGGCCCCAUGAGCGAGGCUCUGCUCUGCCAGCUCAGCUCCUAUGCCAGAGGGGAGCUGGGGGCCCAGGCUGCUGACAGCAGCCGCAGCGAAGCCAGCAAGAUCCUGGAUGAGGACAGCUGGAGUGAUGGUGAGCAGGACCCUAUCACCGUGGAGCAGACAUGGAGAGGAGACCCAGACAGUGAGGCUGACAGCAUUGACAGUGACCAGGAGGAUCCCUUGAAGCAUGCUGGGGUGUACACAGCAGAGGAGGUGGCUCUGAUCAUGAGGGAGAAGCUGAUCCGCCUGCAGUCGCUCUACAUCGAUCAGUUCAAGAGGCUUCAGCACCUUCUGAAGGAGAAGAAGAGAAGGUUCCUGCACAGCCACAGGGCAGAGCACGAGGCCAUGGGCAACAGCCUCCUGACUGGCCCAGAGGGGCUGCUGGCCAAGGAACGUGAGAACCUGAGGCGGCUGAAGUGCCUCCGGCGCUACCGGCAGCGCUAUGGAGUGGAAGCUCUGCUGCACCGGCAGCUGCGGGAGCGCAGGGUGCUGGCGAGCGAUGGCACUGCCCAGCAGGCACACACCACCCGCUCCAGCCAGAGGUGUUUGGCCUUUGUGGAUGAUGUGAGGUGCUCCAACCCCUCCCUGCCGCUGAGCAGGCACUGCCUGCUGCACAUAUGCCAGGACACCAACCAGACCCUCUUUAAACCCUGCCAAGGCUCUGAGGAGGUUCCCUGCAACAAACCAGUUCCUGUCAGCCUCUCAGAUGAGCCCUGCUGCCCUCUGCACCUCCGUUUGCCUCCUCAGAUGUAUGUCCCUGAGCAGGGCCUGGCUGUGCCCCAGGAGCUGGAAGCUGCCCCCAGUGACCUUUACUUAAGUGCUGCUGAGCUGCAGCCCACAGAGAGCUUACCCCUGGAAUUCAGUGAUGACCUGGACGUGGUGGGUGAUGGUCUGCAGUGCCCUCCCUCCCCUCUGCUCUUUGACCCUUCUGUGGCCCUCGACCAGUCCCUCAGGGAGGUGGCUGAAGCCCCCAUAGACAUUCUGGCCCUGGAGGAGCCUCCCCACCCUGGCCUUCCUCCCCAGGCAGCACCAGUGGACAGAGGAACCUCCUCUGCCCACAUCUUCUCCCUGGGCACCGAGGCUCCAGCUGAGCUGCCAGUGCAGAGUCGCCAGCAGCUGGUACCGGGGCCCCGGGAGGAGGCCUCGGCCCAGCCCCGGGGAGCAGCUGCCAACGGGAGCCUGGAGCCAGCAUCUCCUCGGGGUCUGCUCCUCGGCCACCGACACCUGUCCUUGGCACAGGACGCUGGAGCUCUGCGGCUGCAAUGGAGGGGGAUGGAACGGGCGGCAGCGGGGCUCCGGUACUCGGUGCCGUAUCCCUCACGGGCAGCUCCGGGGAUCACGGGGCGGGGAGGCGCGGGGAUGCGGCGGCAGCACCGGGACACCCCCACCAACGCCCCGGGAACCCCCCUUCCCCACGGCCCCUAG